UUGUGCAAGACCAAGUGAGGCUUCCAGCAGCAAACUUGACAAACUUCUGCUUUUACUGGACCGCCCUUUCUCCUGCUCAAACGCCAGGCUGUAUUUAAUGCCCAUACAUCUUUUGGUUUCUGAAAUGAAUUAGCAGUAAAUGUCUACAUUUCUCUAAAAUGGCUUCUGAGCUAGACAGAGAAAAACUGAAAAGGGAUGUUGUUUGCUCCCUGUGUUCAGAUUAUUUUGUACGACCAGUGACACUCAGCUGCAGUCACAGCUUCUGUAUACCGUGUAUUAUGAAGUUUUGGAAGAAAAUGAAAGAAAACUUUCCGUGCCCCUCAUGUGGGCAGCUGUUUCCAGAAAAGUCAGUUUAUGUAAACUGGGAACUGACUAAGAUAGUUGAAAGUGCAAAGCAUCUGAAUGUGUAUGAAAAACACUCUGCAAGUGUGUGCAAGGAACAUGGAAAGGAGGUGACAUACUUCUGUGAAAAUGAUGAAAAACUCCUGUGCUCAGAUUGCGAACAGUCUCCUCAUCAGUUCCAUAAUAUUUUGUCAACAGAAGCAGCUGCAGGUGAGCAGAAGGAAUUUCUCAGAAAUUGUUUGGAAUCACUGGAGAAAAACUUGCAGGAUCAUCUAGAAGUUAAAAGUAAUGUAGAAAUUAAAAUGUCACAGUUAUUGAAAAGAAAAGAGGCUUGGAGCCUGAGAAUUACUCAUGAGUUUGAACACCUGCAGAAGUUUCUUGAAGAGGAAAAACAAACUCUCCUUACAAAACUUGACGAAGAGAUGGAAAGUGAAAUAAAGGCAAAAGAGAACUACAUAUCUUCACUUGAAAAUGCAGUGACUGAUUUAUGUAAUCUCAUAAAAGAGAUUAAAGUAAAACUUCAGCAGCAAGCUGCUACAUUGCUUAAGGAUAAUAAGAAGUCUCUCCAAAAGAGAUAUGGUAUAAGUAAUGUUCCUUCCACGUUUAAUAUUGAUUACAAUAAAGGAGUGUUCUGUGGCCCACUACAGUAUUUCUGCUGGAAGAAAAUGAUGAAGGAGAUUGGUCCAGCACCUUCAUCAUCAUUAACUUUGGAUCCUGCCACUGCAAGCCCACAACUCUUAAUCUCUGCAACAAGAAAAUGUGCAUUCUUCACUGAAACCAGACAAGAUGUUCCAGACAAUGCGAACAGAUUUGAUGAUCAUCCCUGUGUGCUUGGGUCCGAGGGUUUCCAAGCGGGGAGACACUACUGGGAAGUCGAGUUUAAUUGUUACUGCUGUUGGACUGUAGGUGUUACCAAGGAGUCUGCCAUCAGAAAAGGACCUGUUCAAUUCACCUCUGAGGAAGGUUACUGGGUUGUCCCUUUUUUUGCACCAUAUAAGCCAUGGAGAAUUGGAGUAUUUCUGGACUAUGAUGAAGGUCAAGUUUCCUUUUAUGAUUUAGAAAAGAUGAGUCAUUUUAAGACUGUUAGUGUUUGUUUCACUGAGAAAGUAUUCCCCUUCUUUUAUAUGCGCCAGUCAAUGGCUCCUUGCAAUUUGCACAUUAAUCCUGGUAUCUGCAUAGGCUUUUAACAUGUAUGUAUUGUAUCUGUAUACUGGAUUAUAGCAGUGAUAAAAAACAAAUUUUAAUGCAUUGUUUCUGCAGUUUACAAUUACCAUUCUCAUGGUGGUCUGCUGUCACAGUUGGUACUUUAUUUACAUUGUUUGAACCUUUUCCUGCUCUUUCCGUUCCCCAGUUUACCAUCUGAUUUCAACAAACUUCUGCAUCCUCUUAACAGUAUCCCAACUGCACUGCAUAAACAAAGUGCUCUGAAGGUUAUGACUGAAAUAGAGAUAACCAACUUCAGAAGUUUUACAGGAUUUAUUAAUAAAGUACUGAUCACUGAAAAUAAAAACUAUUAACACUCACUGGAAAAUCAUCUAGACAUGGACAUUUUAUUUUAAUACUGAGUAGUAAGCAGCUUUGGAAAUCUGUAGCAUUAAACAAACAACAAGUAAAACAAGAACAGAAACACUCUGGGCAGGGAUUUCCCACAAGCUGAGCAGGCCUCUGCAUGUCGUUAUCCCAUUAGUUCCUUACUCAGUGAUGCUUUUGAAGCAAAUGUUGUGUCUUUUGGCUUUUCCCGGUUAGGGGUUGCCACAGCGGAACUCCGGUCCGCUAAUGAUUGGUAGUUGAU